AUGAUUGCUGGUAUUUUGACAAUAGUGAUAAAAGCUUUUAGGUAUGAGAGUGGAGGGACUAACAAGUCAGAUUCCUUUAGACCAGAUUCAUUAGGACCGUCAUCUAAACUAAAUCUAUCGAGAGAUAAAGAAGAUUUUGUUAUUGAAGAUGCUGGACCUGAAAGCCAUAUAUUUCGGGGUCAAGCUACAGCUGGCAAAGAUGUAGAUUGUGUUCUGGUAUACGACCCGAAAAGUGGGUCGUUCAAAUUGCAUCAGUUGGACUUUACACUUCGAGUGAAUCCAAGUCGAGAAAAGUCCAAGAAAACUCAAGCUUCCAAUAGCUUAGUUCUACCAACAUCUUCAUCUUCGUCACAAGAUACACCAUCGCCGCCAGCUCCUUCUCCAAGUGGAGGAUCAGGAUCUCCAGCUCACAGCUCUACCACACAUGGCCAUGCCCGGACGGCAUCUCGGUCAAUAUCAAGAUCAGAUUCUGGAUCAGCUUCACCAAUCGGUCGAGUGUCUCCUCCAGAAUCUAACACAUCGCAUCAUGAGCUGAAUGUACCAUCACCAGUACCAACCGGAAGCACAAAUUCAACUUCAACAUCGACAAAGACACAAGGACAAGCAGCAUCUCGUUCAACUAAUUCAACAACUAAUAAGAACACUGCUAGACAGACAACAGCCAAGAAAUCGGUACCCUCGUCAACAUCAUCUACGACGACAAAACCAAAGCGAGCCCCGCGAGUAGCAUCUAAAUCACUUCCCAGAAAGACCGAGAAGCAGCCCGAGACCAUCGCAAUUGACGAUGACGAAGAUAUAGCCAUGGCCGAUGUUGACAGCAGCACUCGUGGCAAUGAAAACGACGAUAAUGACUAUGACGACGAUGAUGACGAUGAUUUAUUAGGUGCUCUCGCCAACGAGUUAGAAGAGUCGCUUGAAGACGAUUCCAAUAGUAACGGCAGCACCAACGCCAUACACCGAGAAGUUUCAGGAGGCCAGAAUAACGACCAAGACAGUGAGGAGAGCGACGAAGACGACGGGGUUAACAGAGUGACAAUUAUCGAGAGAAACCCACGGCAGUCUGCAUCGAGUCUUGUAUCCUCGCCAGCCCUUCAAGGCCAGGGCCCACCAUCCACAGGCCCUAUUAGUCUACGGGGAUUUGUGUCUGGCCGACGGCCCGAAGAGGACGACCUGUCAUCAAGCGAAGAGGAGUAA